AUGGCAAGUCUGGUAGGCUUCGCUGGCGUUGCAAGUUGCACGCAGGCAGCGGUGCAGAUAGUAAUGAGCGCACUCUCUCUGGCGCAAUACUUUUGCUUGAUUGACUUUCUUCAGGAUCUACCAGAAUUGCUUUACAUCAAAAUCCUGUAUUACCAUAAUCCAGCUAUUUGUGGGCAGCGAGUGAACAUAGGACAAUCUCUUACUGAAGUGAGCAAUCAGGCGUUUGUUCUCAUAAGGACAGAACCAUUUACAGCAACUAGAACCUUGUAUAUUAAUAGUGUACACCUCGGUCUAGGAGUCCUUUGGUUCUUCGCAAGUGUUAUCUUGAUUGCCAGCUGGACUAACAAUAAAAGAACGCCGACAAAGUGGCCUUGGAUAGUAACUACAAUUGGCAUUUGUGCAUUAGAUGUCAUCGCCAUUGUGAUAUUCGCCAAUGAUGUGUUCUUCACUAGAACUUUAAAUGAGAUUAUGAACUACAUCGGAGCGACAGCGAGUGGAUUAGGUAACACAGUGCUGGACACGAGAUUAUCUGUUUGGAUUAUGAUCGGUUUAUAUGGAAGACUGGGCGUUUUUUUUCUCUUUAAUAUAAUUGUUUUGAUAGUGGUAGCGAUCAAGAAACGAGAGGUUACUGUCAUGGCGGAUAAUAUAUCAGAGGCACCGUCCACCACUAAGCUGUAUGCUAGAAGGGACACACCAAAUUUUGAAGAUAGCGUCUCUACAAGUGGAACAAGUUACGAUCUUGAAGUGGAUCGUAUACCGCGCCCCACUUUAACAAGAAAAACAGACUCAGAAAUGGAUAAAAAAGUAAAGUUCAUUGCAGAUAUAAUAACUCCGCCGGUAGUAACGGAAAAUAAAGAAAAUAUUCAGGACCGAAGAAACAGUAUUGACAUAUCAAUUGUGGGGACAGCUGCGCAUAGGCAGCCGUCUUCUAGCUCGAUGCAACCACUUCCUGCUCCAGAAAAGAAGAUAGGCAAAAAGCCCAGCACAGCGGAACUUCAUUGUCAACUUCCAUGGUCUUACCUUCCAUCUACGUCACAACCAAUGCGGUCCCAACUACCCCCUGAUGAAGAUCUGCCUCCGGUACCAUUACCGGACUACACAGUUAUUCAUAAUCCAAGAAAAGCCUCUGUACAUAGAGCGCCAUCAAAUUUAGGAUCACCACCUGUACCACGUAUUAAAUUUCCUACGUCAGUACUGGCAUCUGGGGAGCGGCGACGGCAGUACCUUGAUGACGUUCUACCGAAAGUAUUUCUGUAUUAUGCAAGUGUUAAAAGCUUUUUAAGCUCCCGGUGGUUUAAAAACCCGAGACUGUUAAAGAUUAAGCAUUAA